CGCCCUCAGACCUCCACCUGAUCACCGACGCGCCGUGGCUGUUCGACGAGAGCGCGACAUCUUCACGCACUCCGGCGGCGCGGCCGGCGCCCCCGGUCAUCCGACUGACCUCCACGCGGCAGAGUCUGGCCAGUGCCGCUCCGACUCGCCCCGGCGCACCCCCGAGUGGUCUGCAAACCGCCGAUCGUGCCACACCCACGCUCCGACCCGUCCUCAGCACCGCACCCCGGAGCGGACCGACGUCGUCCAGAGGCGCAGCGAUAUCCACCGCAGCCGGAAGGCCGACGUCGGACGCCGUCACGACGACCAGGGACCAGAGACUGCUGUUCUCAUCACGGCCUUCAGUCAUCAGACGCCCAGUUGUGUCGGUUUCGAGUGAUUUGUUGGAAGCGUCACGCGAAAAAGCGGUUUCAAAUGGCGCAACGUCAGUUCCCAGAAGUGGUGUGUUGAGAUUCUCAGAGGAGGUGGAAGAUCGCGAAGAUGAUGUGGGUCGUGUAACUAGGCCUCCCGUUGGCCUUUUCGACCGGGAGAGUGAGGAUGAAGAGAGCGCAACAACCACGGUACCACCUCAUUCACCUAUUGUAGACACUCGCAAUCAUGAAACGUUGGGUGACGCAGACAACGAAUCGGUAGACGGUCUAGACCUGAUCAAAGAUUUCCCGGCCACAUCCUCGGUCCGCACAAGGCAUUCUCUCGCCUCCUCGUCUGUUAGGUCCUCCCGCCUUCGACCCCUGCCCUCGCCGACCCGAUCGCCGGUCACACCACUGACCAGUUCGGGAACGGUGGUGAUCUUCGCAGAGCUCGUCACCAGCCCAGUGAUAAAUCAGCGGGGACCUAUCAGCAUCUCCAGCCGACCCGCUGUCAGUCGAGAUGUAGCGCCUGAGGACGCAGGCCAGGUUCUGACCACUCCAGGCUCCGUGGUUGUCCCGGGCAUUGCCACCAAACUCAUGGAGAAUGGCGUCCCGGUGCUCGUGGCACAGGGGAAGCUGCCGCCCGAGCAGGUGGUCAGCAACGGCCAGGUGGUGCUGAACUCGGGCACGCUGACGCUGCCUCCCGUGUCGCUGAGUGACGUCAUGUCCCUGUCUCCGAGCUCCGAGACCGACCCGGAGCUGGGCACGCGCGGCACCGAGGGCUUCGACUCGCGCUUCUACCGCACGCACACCUACUUCACCACCUUCACCUUCCUGAACCACUUCAAGGAGGGCGACCGAUCGGUGGUGUUGACAUCGCGUGAGACGGUGUCCAACGUGCUGACGUUGCCGGCCGCCGUUACCACGCCCUCCUCGACGCGCUUCCAAACAGAGACGUAUCUCAGCACCUACACGUACUUCAGGACGACGACGCGCGGCAACCGCGAGCAUGUGACCUCCACGCAGGAGGUCGUGACCCAAAUCGUGGUGACGGAGGCCCCGGCCGCGCCGCCGCUCGUGGCGCCCACCUCCCGCUCGCUGCUCUACACCAAGACGUACCUGUCGACAGUGACGCUCUUCGACACGGCCGUCGUGUCGGGCACGCAGGUGCUGGUCAGCACCACCAGCGUCAUUCGCGACGUGGCCGUCGAGACGUCCUACAUAGCGGCCGUGCGACCGACAGCAACCAGGCCCGUCAUCCAGGCGACGGUGGCGCCGGCUCCGCGGCCCGUCGCCCGGCCGCCGCCAGUCGUCGACCCCAGCUUGCUGCCGGUCGGCGAGCAGGACGAGAUCCACGUGGUGGCCACCAAAACGUUCUACACGACCAGCACUUUCUACACCACGCUGCUGGAGGGCAGCUCGACCGUGGUGCGCACGCGCACAGAGGUCACCUCCCGCCUGCAGACCGAGAAAGUGACGACGCGACUUGACUCGUGGCACCUGAGCUCGCUGCGCAGCUCGUUCGUCGGGCCGGCGGCGACGUCCACCACCGCAUCGUCGCUGCUAACGCCGCUGGUGACGGCAAACUCGGUGGCGGCGCCCGUUGAGUCGCAGCCGACACCCAGUCGAAGCGGGACGCCGCCACAGCCCUCUCUGGUGGCGGCCAGCCCGGUGCCCGCGCCGCCGCUGGGCGGCGAGGACAGCGACCAGACGUCAACGACGCAGGAGGAGCCCAGUCAGAGCGUGGAGACCACGCCGUCGCCGGCGACACCGACAACCCCCUCCGAGACUCCGUCACCGCCCGAGAGCGCCGCGCAGUCGGUAACCGCGUCCUCGGAGCCGGCCGGCGACGCGGCGACGACGGCGGCCGCUGAGCCGCAGCCGGCGGCCGCCGACACGCCGACCGGCGCCGCAUCGCUGGUGUCGACCACCACGUCAGUGAGCCCCGCCACGCCCAGCACGACGACCGCGGCGCCCUCAGGCGGCCUCGACUCGUCCGAGUCGACGGCCGCCAGCCUAGGCAACCUGGCCGGCAGCCUGCUGGGCCUGAGCGGGCUGGGCGCAGCCGGUCUGGGCGGCCUCAGCUCCAUGGUGGACACGGCUGCUGGCCUCUUCCGCAACGUGCUGCCGGUGGCUGUGCGGCGCGACGGCUCUUCCGGCGUGCCGCCCGAUUCGCGCCCGCCGCCGGCCGUGCACGUGCAGCAGCGCAACCCGGCCUUCAUCCCGGUCGGUGGCGUGGCGGCGAGCCUACGGAACCAGCAGCUGGCGACGGCCGCGCCCGGUGGUGGCUUCUUGGCCGUCAUGGGGCCCGAGGGCGAGAUGAUCCGGCUGCGCGGCGCGCCCAACGGGCGGCCACCCGCCUACGUGGAGGCCGAGUUCGCCGACCAACAGACCGUCGACGACCAGGAUUACGCCGCCAGCGUUCAGGGUCCGUUCGGCACUGGACAGCUGACGUACUUCGACAGCGCCGACGCCGGGUUCGUGCCCGACCAGGGCUUGCGUCCGCCCCUGGCGUCGCCGAGCGCGGAGACCGCACAGGACGCCGAGAACGCACUGACAGGUCAGGUGUUCUGGUCACAGCGGCCCGUGUCGACAUCCACGCUGCACACGAUCGCCUCGCUGGAGGGCGACAACCGGAUUGUAGGCACCAACGUGUUCGCCAACGUGCCGACGGAGGAGGCGCCGCCCUCGGAGUCGCCCAGCAUCCCGGUGGUAGACCUGGAGCUGGAGCCUUCGACGGAGCGAGUCCGGGUGGCACAGCGAGGGGACCUGACGUCUGGCAGCAUCUCCGGCGACGACGAGAACGACAAGAUCAACUUCAUCGUGUCGUCGAGCUUCGACGUGCGCGUCGGCUCGGCGACGUCGAUCCUCGGGCCGGACGUGCGCACGCUGCGGCCGGACACGCGCGUCACCAGCCAGCACAGCAGCUCGGCAACUGUGAUCCACGGCGAGUCGACCGUGUUCGGCGGCCUGUUCACGCGGCCGCCGCUGCCCGUGGAGAACGUGCACGACAUCACCGAGAUUGUUACAUCACGCGAAACCGAGCAGUUCACUCGCACAGUCACCGCCACCAAGACCGACAUCCGCUUCGAGGGGAGCUCCGUGGUGACCAGCACCAAGGUUAUCACCAGCACCCUGCCGCCCAUCACCAUCGUGUCCACGGUGAUCGGCACGUCCACGCAGGUCCACACACUCAACACGGCCACGCCCACGCGUGUGCAGCUGCUGUCAACAGCGACGCGCCUUCCGGCUCCCGCAGCGCCGCGCGCGCCGCCGCCGGAGCCGCCACGGGAGCCGCCGCGGGAGCGGGAGCGGGAGCGGGAGCAGAUCGCCAUCGCUGGCGUGUACGUGCCCGACUCGAUCGAGCUCGGAGACAUACGCAAGGGCGUCGACGACGACAACGAGGUGAACCGGGUGGUCAUCAGCCCAGGCGUCGGCCAGCAGAUCGUGGUGGAGCAGAGCGAGGCGGUGGCCACGCGCUGCGAGCGGCCGUGCCUGCCGGCUAUCUUCGAGACGUGUCGGCGCGUGGGCGGCGCGUACCGCUGCGCCUGCCGGCCUGGCUACUCGCGCGCCCGCGAGCAGGAUCCCUGCGAACCGACUCUCACCUACCGCCUGCACGUGCUGCUGGACCGCGUCAACGACAUCCCGCUGUCCUUCCGGCCGCCGUUCGCCGACCGCGACUCGAGCGAGUUCGGGCAGAUGGCGCGACUCACCGAGGCCGGUCUGGGCGAGGCGUUGGCCGCCACUCCCCUCGCGGACCGCCUGCACACCACCCAGCUGAUGGGCUUCAAGCCGACGCGCGCCGCCGGAGAGCACGGCAGACCGCGCCUCGACGGCCUGAUGGCCGAGAUCAUGGUACAGGUGUCGGACCGAGAGAAGCAGUCGCUGGACAAGGCCGUGCUGCAGGACACGGUACAGGAGGCGCUCCGCAGCACCAACUACUCACUGGGCGGCCAGCAGGUGGUCGUGUCCAGGCACACGGACGCCAUCACAGCGCUUGACUUUGACGAGUGCCAGGAGGCCGACUACAACGACUGCCACGCCUACGCCUUCUGCUACAACCUGGUGGGCACGUUCACCUGCAGCUGCAAGGACGGCAUGGUCGACAUGAACGUCAACGAAUCGCCAGGUCGAGCCUGCUCAGCCGAGUCGGCUGGCUGCAAGGAGUGCAGCUACAGCGGCGAGUGCUACACGCGGGAUGAUGGCGCCACCGGCUGCCGUUGCCACCGCUGGUACGCCGGCAACCGAUGCCAGAUCAACCUGCGUGUGCUCCUCAUCGCGCUCGUCACCGUGGGCGCUGUGCUCGCGCUCAUGCUGUGCGCGUGCUGCUUCCUCUGCUGCCGCCGCAAGGGGCGCAGUCACGUGGCGCCACCACUCGUGUUCACCGGUCCGGCCGGCUUCCUGCGACACCGCGGCACCAGUCUGCACAACCCGGUCAUCGAGCGACGAGCCAUGCUGGACAGCAGCAGCGACACCAGCGCCGCCAGCCCGCCUCGCCGGGUCCCGGCGCCGGCCGGCACGAGGCGGGCACCGGCGCCGGCGCCGCCGCCCUCCAUGGGUGGCCGGAGCCGGCGCUCGGGCCGCACCAACCCCAGCUUCCAAGAGGACCGCAGCAUGGCGAGCACGGGCGUGCGGCCGGCUGUCUUCAUCCCGCGUGCCAAGCACAAGCACCCGCGGCCGGCUAGCGCCGGCUCGUCGGCAGUGCGGGUCGGCGCCGACGGCUCUGCCGACCUGCGCAGCACGCAGAGCCGGCUCCUGAGCGUGCUGGAGCCGGGGCCGCGCGGCCGGCCGCGAGCCGGCACCUUCACAUCGCAGCGCACGGCACGCAGCGUGAGCAGCGGCCGCCGCGGCCGCCGGGAAGAGGUCAGCCACCACCCGACCGGGCGGAGUCGCAGCUCGGACAACCUCAGUCAGCGCGGGGCCGACUCGCUGGCAGACCCGGCCGACUACGGCUCUCACAACUUCUUCCGCGAGAGGACGAUGUCGGAGGCUCGAUCGUUUGACGAGACGACGAUCCGGCCAAGCGUUCGCAGCAUGCGGGGCUUCGGCACGCAGUGCAGUCGGCUGAGCUCCAGAGCGCUCAGCUCCAAUAUGUUCACAUACGAUCAUCACACUAUGGCGGAGCGGGAUGCAGCAUCCACCUUCGUCAUGCCGGAAACGCAGCUGUUCCGGCCCGCGGCGGACUCGGACGCCCAGUCCGAGUUCAGCCUGGCGGACGACUUCCCGCAGAUCCACGCGUCAGGGCGCGGCUCCAGACCGCCAUCAGCCACCGGUAGCCGGCGUGGUCUGCGGUGAGGCCAGCGCCACCUGCCGGCCCGAUCGGCCUGACAUCUACCGGCGCACUAUUUAUUGACGUGUGUGAGUCGCGCAGCCCGGCCGAGGUGCCGCGGCGUUUGCCGGCGCGAAAAAGGUCAAACAGGGAGGAAGGGGAACGGUGUGCACGUCCCACUCCUGUUCGCUUUAAGUUGUUAUCGUUAUUCUGUAUUCCUAUUGUGUUGGAAUGUCCGUUGACGAGCCCACAUUGAUUCGCACUCUGAACUUGCGGUGCUUGUGAAAUACUUGCUCAAGAGUGCUGUCCCCUUCUCCUCAGCGGAAUGACAGGAAUUGUUAGCUGUAGACUACAUGUAGAAUGAUACGAGUCGAUUUGUACAUACCUCUGAAGUCAGAAAACGGAGCAAUGCUCCGUAAGUAAGAGAACAUAAUACGUGCGUGAUUGUCGUGUAGCUCCGAGUAUUGUGAUUGUGCCAAACGAGGGCGGUGUUUCCGUGCGACCAGCAGCCGUAUGGACGGCUAUGCACUGACCGAUGUAAAUACUCAAUAGCCACGAUGCAUAUAGGCCAAGUCAGGACACGAACUGAAUUCAUGAGAUCGGUGAUGGGACUAAAUCGUGAGAAGGAUGUGUGCAAUGAUUUCAGAAUAUAUCGAUAUGUAGCUUUGGA